UGUUGGAGGAGCUGUCCAUCAACCAAUCAGAAGCCGGCCCGCAUUCGACCAAAAAUUUCCAAGCGGGAAACUGGAGGUGAACAGAUUCAUUCUAUCAAUCAAUCCCCUUCCUUCAUUUUGUAUCACCAUUUUGCAGCUAAAUUGACAUCUAUUUCACGCUCUUUUACAUCACAACAACCCACGCAAUGGUUGGACCAGCAGUCACCCUUACUCCUCUCUCCCGCGCCGAUGGGUCGGCUUCUUACCAAUGUCCGUCCACUGGAUCCAAUAUCUUGGGAUCGGUGAAUGCGCCAAUUGAGCUCCCUGGACGCCGUGAUGCUCUCAGACCGGAAGAUGCGACCGUGGAAGUUUUUGUUAAGCCGGGUACCGCAGCGGGUGGUGUGGGCGAACGAUACGUUGAAGGAAUCAUUAAGACUAUGCUGGCAAAGUUGAUCCUGGGACGCGAAAAGGGCUACGCUCGGCGUGGCGUUGUGAUCACCUUGGCUAUUGUAGGAGGUGAAAGUGUGGGCAGAGGAGACUCGUACUUGUCUCUACUCCCCGCCCUCCUUCAUACUGCCCUGCUGGCGUUAAUUUCAGCCUCCGUUCCUCUAUCUAUGACUUUUUCCGCGACCGUUCUGGCUGUCGAUGCAUCCGGAGAGAUUACUCGGGAGCCAACAACGAAGGAAGCCGCCGCGGCGACUUCUCUCCACGUGCUCGCCUUUUCAUCCAAUGGUCAUCUUCUGCUGAAUGAGAGCCAGGGCCCGUUUGACUUUGAUACUUGGGAAAAGGUGCAUCAGCGCGCUUUGGCCAUCUGCCACGGGACUUUAGCCCGUGGCUCCGACGGAGAUCUGGCUAUGGCCGAGGAUGUGGACGGCCAGCCGCUGGAGGGAGCGCUGCGGGAGGCUGUCGAAGAAAAAAUCCAGCAGGAUUACGCCUGGAAAAUUGACGCGCCCUGAGUUUGUGGUUCACGUAACAAACCCUGAGCAACGAAGUCGGCAUGGAUAACCGACUGCA